AUGGCUUUUGGGAUUUCAUGUUGUGCUGUAGAGAUGAUGCAUAUCGCUGGUCUACGCUACGAUGAAGAUCGCCUAGGUCUCCUGUUUCGAGCUUCCACGAGGCAGUCAGGUUUAAUGAUCGUUGCCGGUACGCUUACCUACAAAAUGAUACCUCAUUCUAUGGGUAGCUGUGCGAAUGGUGGCGGCUACUAUCAUUACAGCUACUCUGUGGUACAUGGGUGUGAUAGGGUCGUUCCGGUAGACGUCGAUGUUCCUGGGUGCCCACCGACUGCCGAGGCUCUACUUUAUGGAAUUCUUCUUAUCCAAAAAAAUGUAUGGAACCGAAUGGUGACACGAAUGUGA